GCCGCAGGUCGGGUCGCCGUCUUCGCCCGUCCCGACCUGUCCAGUGCCGGUCGCGGUCGGAGGAUCCGCGCCCCCGGCGCCGGCCGAUGGAUCCCGAGGCGGCGGGGGACGAACUGUCCCGCUUGCGCUCGCUGUUCGUGGCGUGCGACGCCAACGGCUCGGGCCGCAUCGAGCGGGAGGACUUCGCGGCACUGUGCGCCGAGCUGCGGGUGCGGCCGGCCGAGGCCGAGGCCAUCUUCCAGCGCCUCGACAGCGACCGCGACGGGGCCAUCACCUUCCCGGAGUUCGCCCGUGGCUUCCGCGGCGCCACGCGGCGGCAGCCCGGCGGCGGCGAGCCUGCGGGCGAGGAGGGCGAGGGGGAGGAGACGGCCGCGUGGGUCGCCGCGGGGCUGGAACAGCCCUGGAAGGACUUCGAGGUGCGGCUCGGAGACGAGGCGAGGUACAUCCCCAGACAAGAGCAGGUCAGUGUUCUGUAUCAGAACAUACACAUAGCGGAACCAAGAUUAAUCCAGUCAUAUGAGCGUGUAAUUAAGAACUUCAUCCGAGAGAUCAAACUUCAAAGCACAGAGAUGGAAACUUUGGCCAUAGCAGUAAAAAGAGCUCAGGAGAAAGCAGCAGUUCAGCUAAGUGAGCUAGAGGAAGAGAUGGAACAACGGAUACAAGCUGCAGAGCAUAAAGUUAAAAAGGAAGAGAAGCGAAAAGCUGAAGAAGCACUAAAUGAGCUGAAGCGUCAGUAUGAUACUGAAGUUGGGGAUCUUCAGGUGACAAUAAAAAAGCUUAAAAAGCUGGAGGAGCAAUCCAAAAAUGUAAAUCACAAGGAAGAUGUGGGUGAACUGAAAAAAAGAAUGCAUGAUAUGUUCCUGGAAAAUCAGAAACUUAAAAAAGAUCUUUUAGAAGCACAGACAAAUAUAGCUUUUCUACAGAGUGAAUUAGAUAGCUUGAAAAGCGAGUAUGCAGAUCAGUCUUUGAACACUGAGAGAGACCUAGAAAUUAUCCGAGAAUAUACUGAAGACAGAGAUAAUCUGGAAAGACAAAUUGAAAUACUGCAAUCAGCUAAUAGAAAGUUACAUGACAGCAAUGAUGGUUUAAGAAGUGCACUUGAAAACAGUUUCAGCAAGUACAACAGAUCAUUGCGGUUAGCAAACACCUCACCAGGAAGUACCAAUUCUAGAAGCAGUCCUAAAUUUAAUGGUGGACAUUCUCCUUUAAAUCCACGGUACGACAGGUCAUCUCAUUCGUCUUGUGUGGAUGACGAUUUUGAUUCUUUAGCCGUUUGCGAUCCUAUGCAAAGGAUAAACUGUGAAGUUGACAGCUUACCUGAGAGCUGUUUUGACAGUGGUUUGUCUACCUUGAGAGAUUCAAAUGAGUAUGAUUCAGAAGUGGAAUACAGGCAUCAAAGGAUUUUUCAAAGGUCACAGUGUAUGCAAGAAGGCUUUGGUGGUGAUGCUUCUGAUACUGAUGUUCCAGAGAUCAGGGAUGAAGAAGCGUACAGUCCUGAUAACAGUACUGCAGUAUUAGACUGGAAGCCCUCACGACCAGUAAGUCGAAGCAGCUCAAUUGCUUCAACAAGGAAAUACAUAUCUGCUCUCACUCCCCAGAGGGAUUAUUUUUAUUUUCAGUCAGAUGCAACCGAAUGCACUCUAAAAUACCCCAGUUCAGAGAAGGCUUACAAGAUUGUUCUUGCUGGAGAUGCAGCAGUGGGAAAAUCCAGUUUCCUUAUGAGACUUUGCAAGAAUGAAUUUCGAGGCAAUACCAGUGCAACUUUGGGUGUGGAUUUUCAAAUGAAAAGACUAAUUGUUGAUGGAGAACCUACAGUGCUACAACUGUGGGACACAGCAGGGCAGGAGAGAUUCCGAAGUAUUGCUAAAUCAUACUUCAGAAGAGCAGAUGGUGUCUUGCUACUAUAUGAUGUAACAUGUGAAAAAAGCUUUCUUAACGUGAGAGAAUGGAUGGAUAUGAUUGAGGAUGCAACUCACGAGAAUAUUCCAAUUAUGAUGGUGGGAAACAAGGCAGAUCUCCGUCAAGCUGUUACAGAACAAGGGCAAAAAUGUGUGCCUGUAAACUAUGGAGAAAAGCUGGCUAUGACUUAUAAUGCGCUAUUCUGUGAAACAAGUGCUAAAGACGGAUCUAAUAUUGUAGAAGCAGUUCUUCAUCUUGCUCGUGAAGUGCGAAAACGAAGUGAUAAUCAAGAUGAUACGAGACUCCGGUUUCACUUGUCUGAAGUAAUAUAAUAUAAUGAAACGAGCUCAGAAUGAGUGCUGCAGUAGUCACAGUAUACAACAUUGCAAUACAUGUUGUUGUCUGUACCUGCUUGUUUCUUUAUGGCGUGAGUAUUUCAGAACUUAGUAGUAUCAUAUAUCACUCAUAGGUAAAGAGAAAAUUACAGCUUUAAUUAAUCGUUUUGCUCAUGUCUGUUUAUCUAGUUUUUGAGGCCUUCAGUUACAUGUUGAGGAAACAUUUCUUAAGAAAACUCCAAACCAUUAAAAGGCUGCCCAGGUCCAUGUAAACCCUAAGUUUAGGGCAUGAAGCAGAAUGACCUCUGUCGGGAGAAGACAGUGGCAGGUGCAUGGGGUUCUGGUGUACUUUCUCAAAAGCUGGUGAGUUAGAAUGUGUUUUGUUUUGGGAGUUGGGGUUUGUUUCAGAACGGAGAAGUAUACCCUACAUCUGAUCUGACACAGCUUGGAGGUGAAAGAAGCAUUUGUGUGGACUGUUACCAUUCAAAAUUCCAGAGAGAAUGUAACACCUGUUAUAUUCAUUGCUGAAAUGAAUUAAUGAUCCACCCUGCCUGUUUGUUUAGACUUUAUCAUUAUUAGUAUUACAGAGUGAUAGGGAUUGUAAUUUUCCCCUUGUUUUUCAAAUGUCUUCCAUUCAGUCAAUAAUUGAGGGAUUGUAAUAAUACAUAGGAGUCUGAUUUAAUGGAUUUUUUAAUCAUUUUAAAAGUUUUAAACUAUGUGAAAGAAUUGCUGCACAUGCACAAGCAUCUGUAUAAGCUGUUCAUUAAAAGAAGACCCUGAAAUGAACAGCAACCACUUACCUUAAUGAGAAUUCCUUUGCCUGAUUUUGGGAAAGUUCUGAGAAACUCAGCAGGGGGUGGUAGCUUUAAGUGUCAGCAUCUCUAGAAACUGAGUUAUUAUUGCUUAAAAUAGUUCCAAAGAGUUCUACGGUAUAGUAAAAAUUGUAGGUAUUUAUACAGUUAUCUGUCAUGAUCCAGUUCUUCUUAGCUUUCACUAAUUUUGAUCAGAAUGAGAUCUUUUCAGAACCAGCAGGUUUGUCCCCUCUGUAUCUAUUAAUAACACAUCUCCAGGCUAGCUCCGUAAAUCAACCUUGGAUAAAGUUUUAUGGACUGAUUGGAAACCCAUAUGACUAGCAGCAGUUGCUGCAUUUUAUCAGCAUUGUAUUUGAACACUGUAUAGUCUGUAUUGUGUUACCUGUUGUAUAAAAUGUAGAGUUGUCAAAAACAGGAUGAUUUGUAAUUUACAAAAAAAAAGUUUAAAGUAGGAAGAGCAGUGUUUUUAGGCAUCCUUUCAAACUCUUACCAGAGCAGUUAUUGUUAUUAACUGCUGGUAAUUAUCUGGAAGUUUGUUCUUAACAAGAGAGAAGAAUCUAGUACUGGAAUGAAUAAGACAUUUUAUUUCACAGUAUAGUAAUUUAGCUCUAAAAGAGAAACAUAUUUGGUAGUUUGGGUUUUUUUUAAGUACUAAGAGGAUCUUCACACACUACUUUAUUCCAUGCGGGAGACUUCAAGGUUGUAGCAUCUUCCCACACAGCAGUACAAGAGGCCUCACUGUAGUCAUGAGACUUAUCUGGAGCUGAUGGCAGAGAACAAAGGACACUCAGGUGUAUGAGAAAUAUGCUUAGUCACAUACAUUUUGUCUGCUAUUAACCCUGUACUAUUGAAACAAGAAAGUUACAGUUCCAGUUAACUUUUCUGAGGAGAAAAAACAUGUUGAACUGACUGCAUUGAUGAGGGCAUCUUCUGUGUCCUUCUCUCUCUCCAUUAGUGAAAUUGAAGUAGUAUUAAUUGGAUUGUAUUUGCUGAUAGUUCUUCCUGCAACAGUAGGGAGAAGAGAGGAAGAUGAUCCAGUGCUUGGUUUCUAAAGUGUGACCUUACAACAUGUAGGUAUUUGCAUUUUCUCAGGAUAAGAAGGUCAUGAUUAUAAGUUUUCUGAAAAAUCCAUAUACUAAGAGCCUCAAAAAUAGUCAAGAGACAGAAGAGCUAACUAAAACUUUCAUUCAAAUAAAAGGGAGAGUUCCUUGGGCAUUCCCCCAGUGAGGUCUCUCAACUUGACAGGGGUCAUAGCCUCUUUUAAACACUCUGCCCAAAACUCAGGUCCCUCCCCGUUUCUCCAUUGAGUGAGGUAUUCCGGGGUUACAGACUUUCUGACAUGCCUACUACAUGUCCCCCAUUACAUGCUUAUUAAGGGCUUUGAGGGUCCCCAACAUUUUCAAAAUGGAGGUUACUGCAUAUUUAUCCCUUGCUGCUGAUUGGUCUCCAUGUUCUGGGCACUGUAUUAUCUCAUGCUGGGCAACUACAUAACUUUUCUAUCCCCUACUACUAAGUUAGCUGUGACUACUACAAACUUUGCAAGAACAUUCUACUUAUUCCUAAUAAUCCUCCCUUUUUUAAAAAUUAUGUUCUUGCAAAAGAGAGUACCAUUUUGUUAAUAGUUGUCUCUUGAUCUGCUUCAAUAUCUAAGGUUAAAGUUUCUUGAGAAUGAGUAGUUGGUAAUUCUCAUUUACACACUAUUUCAGAGCCAUUAUUUUCUGUCCUUUAAUUGCCAUUUCAAGGUCAUUAGGCAUAGCUACUAUUUGCAUCCUCUUCAUCACAUAUGCAGUAAGUUGCAAAAGACAAGGAAUCAUACAAGGCAGGAAAAUUAAGGUAGCUUGCCUGCAAAAAACAAAGAAUAGUAUUUUCUUUAUUGCUGGUCCAACUGCAAGCCAUGAAAACAUAUCUAUGCCCCACUUCUUCCAAGAUUCAACUGGGACAUGGACUAACUUUCGGAUUUGUUUUGUUAUUUAUUUUACUGUUUUUCUAUUGUCAUCGAUUUGCAGACAGCAAUUUGAGUUAUUUAAUUUUCCACAUACUCCACUUUCCACUGCUAACAAAAAAUCAAAAACCAUUUGGUGUUUAGAGUUGGCAGUUCUCAUUUGGGUUACUUGGUCUGCCAGCAAGUCUAAGACAUUAGCUGUUUGAUUGGCAAUAAUCUCUAAUAUAGCUUGGAUUCAAAUUAUAUGAUUUAAAUUAUAGAUGGGCUCUCUUGUUCCAUGAAUCAAUUCACGGGGGUUCUGUGAUAUUGUUAUCCUGUGGCUGUUAGCUGGGACAAAUGGGUUCGCACACAUUUUAUUGAUAUGGCUUCUGCCCUAUAUAUGGUAGGGUAAGAACUUGCAAGGAAGAGGGCGUAACUGAGGAGGAGUAAAGGAGGAGCAUGCAAAAUAGGAGGAUGACACAACCGUAUAGGGAAGAGUUCUGCAAUGCAGCAAAGAUUUACCAGUGGAAGGGCAGGGUUCAAGACCAUGAGGGAUAAGGGAAUUUUCCAGAACUUACAGUCCACUGUAUAUAUCUAUAGGGGAUUACACAAUAAACUGAGAAACAUAAUGUGAAAUCCGAAAUGCUUAUUCUUAAACGGUUCAUAUCCAUUCAUACGAUGGUCUCAUCUUCGCAGGGAAUCUCGGGCUCAACACUUCUCUUCCAAUCUUCAUAUUCAUCUUCUCCCACAUUAACCCAACAAGGAUCCUGAAAUACGUAUAGUGGUGGGCCGUUAGGAAAGGAAAAUACUCUUUAUUUUCAAGUCCUGGAAGAUGAGGAACUCUGGGAUAGUCCCUUGUCCUCUGUAAACUGGGCACUUAAAGGACACUGUUGGAUCAACAGUGACCAACACACAUAUAGAAGAUUGCCUGAAAAUUGGACAAGGAAUUUGUUUUGUAAGAUGUAUUAAACCCUUAUUCUUUUUUUUAAGCCAUAUACAGUUUGGGAAUUAAAGCAUAUGGUGAUUAAAAAAAAAACAAA